AUGUCCGGAAUAUUGAAUGAAGCCUUUACACCUUGUCCAUCCAGGUCACGAUCCUCGGGGUGGAAUGAGCAUGUCGACAGCGAGUCCUUGGAUAGCUUGGUGGAUGAUGACUCGGCCUCUGACGCCACAGCUCAGAUUGAAUUCACGACAGAGGUUCGAGUACCGACUCUGACUGGCGUUCGACCUCGAAGAGGCAAUCGAGCAGGCAAUUGUGUUCAGAUUUACGAGGAUAUCAACGACAAGCAGUCUGCCCCCGUCGAACGCAAAGGAUCAGACGCAAGAGCUCGAGGUCCCUUUGAUCGAAAAUCAUCUUUGUUGGCUCAACCUGCCCAGCGAUUCCGCCCGAGAGUCAACUUUGCCCCAGAGACCGGAAGACAACCAAAGUUACAAUCAGUCCAAGCGGGGAGAAAUGACGGAUUCGUGUCUGUUUCACGACCUCCUCAUAAAGCAUUGGUUGGGGGCGGAGGUGAAAGCAACCUGAAGAAGGAUGUUCGACGCAGUACGAUUUACGCCCCACCAGACGAUACCACCGUGCCGAGUGCGUUCAUGGGGAUGUUCAGCCCACUCAAACGGCCCCAGGAUAACACUGUGCCAGGGCCAGAAGAUACCCAAGUCAACAGCAUUGAAGCUCGAAUUGCAAAGCGACAGGCUAUAAAGCCUACGGUAGCCACUGCGCGCAGGGCGCCUCUCCAACCAAGCGUGAAGGUCGCACAGGAAGCUGCAUUUAGAGUUGAUUUUGCUGGCAAAAACACUGGUAAAGAGAAUAUUCCACCCGGAGCAGUCCUUGAGAUCGACAAGGCAAACAAACUCGAUCAUGUUGUGCUGCCCAAACCGAAGCGAUUGAGCACAGUGAUGUCAAAUUCAGCUCACCGUACCACAAUGCAUGUGAGGUCAGACGCUACCAAUCCACCUGUGGACGUGAAGAAGCAGCUGCCUAAGCGGGGUGUUCUGGGCGAAAUGCAAAAUAAUGUACAUGCGCCAUCUACUUCUCUCCGUUCCGAAAAACCUCGAACGGAGUCACACGAUCCUCUGCGCAAUGCAUCCGCCUCUCUCAAAGCUCGCGCAUCGGUCUUGUCAGAACGGCUGGGUCAGUCCCAGACCAUGCGAGCCUCCAAGGUUGGGAAGAGCUCAACAUUGAAGGUGUUGAACAACCAGCACCCACUGUUAACCGAGGACAUAUCAAAACCUGCGCUGUAUGAAGAUGACUGGCUCUCACACCAGGAAACUGUCAUCACCCAAUUCGUCAAUGCCUUAUUCGAGCACACCAACAAGGACUCGACGGCUGCGCCAGAUGCUCUUCGCUUGAGUUUGGUUGAAAUGUAUCAAACUCAAAGCUUUACACGCCUCUACCAGCGACUUCAAUCAUCUUUGUCUUAUGGAACCCUUACCAUUCCCAAUGACAUUCAAGCUUGCAACAGUCGGCUCAAGCAUGAUCUGGGCCUGCAGAGACAGUUUUUGGACACUUGGAUUCAAUGCUAUGACCUUCGCGCCCUGGUACCUGCUUUGGAAACCGUCGUGGGUCGAAGGAUUUCUAGCGACUCUACUUUGUUUGAUGUUCAGAGCGAUUCAUCAUUUACGAAUAAUUCCAAGGUUCAAAAGGCGGUUACUCGAAAAGUCGAAGCUUUCGUGGAAGCGUUUCUGGUACAAAACAAUGAUAUGGUGCAUGCGGCCUCAGGAGCGGGUGAGAUCUACGCCCGCGCAUAUCGUCGAACCGUCCUUCGAAGCAUUAUGCUCGUUGUUCUAUUGGACAAUGCAAAACAGAGCUGUCGCACAGGCCUCCCUCGACAACUGUUUCUGUCAUCAUCUCCCUACAAAUCUUCCGCUGAGGUUCUUCAGGCCCUGGCUCGCUUGCUAUUGCCUUCUGGUGGAGAUAUUAUGAAGUCGCUGAGCCAUCUUGACUGCCAUGUCGCUUACAAACAGAAUGCUCUUCAAGAAUUCGACUACGGGAUUGAGAACAUCGCCGUCGACUUGAGAGAUGGUGUGCGGUUGACCAGAAUUGUUGAAGUUCUUUUCUACACCCCGGAGCGCGUGCGAAACGAUCUUGAAGACGAAGUCACCUUGACUUCGGGCGAGACUCUCCCACUUCUUGGCGAUGGAAGAGAUCUGCCUUUGUCCAAACAUCUCAAGUAUCCAUGCAUCAGUCGAGCCAGCAAAAUCUACAAUGCCGAGGUUGCGCUCUCGGCUCUGAGCUCGAUCAAGGGUGGCCGCGCAAUUGUUGGCGAAGUGCACGCAGAGGACAUCGUAGACGGUUAUCGUGAGAAGACCAUUGCUCUGCUGUGGGCUCUUGUCAGCAAAUGGGGACUGGCCGGCCUCGUGGACUGGGAUGAUGUCCGCAAGGAAAUUUGUAGGCUUCAAUGCAAGCUUACGCUUCAGGUUGGCCAUGACCGGGCCAAGCAAGAAGCAUGGUUUCCGCAUAAGAAGUGUAUCGAUGGUGAUAACCAUGCUUCUUUGCUCCAGCAGUGGGCUGCCCUCUUGGCAACCAUGCAAGGACUGGAACUCAGAAACAUGACUACCAGCUUUGCGGAUGGGAGAAUCUACAGAAGCAUUGUCGAUGAGUAUGAGCCGUUCAUCACUGGUAGAGGCACUGGAAGCUGCGAUAUUGGGAACCGAAGUUCUGUCUCAAUGUCUUUGGACUCUCGUUUGCGCUUGUUAGGGUGCAGCUCUCAGUUUGCAUAUCUCGUGUCCCCAGGAAAAUUGUCCUCUUGUCUCCUUGAUGGAGAUCUUACAUUUGGCGUUCUUGCCUUUCUCUGUUCUCGGCUGCUUUCAGCCUCCAAGCGUGCCCGCGCAGCUGUAGUGCUGCAGCGAUAUUGGCGGACGCACCUUGCGAAGCGCGAUGCGUCGCGUCGAAGAAUCGCCCACGAUCUUGCUGCACACUGCGCGGCCGUUGUUCAAACUAGGAACAAAAUCGUUUGGGCCAAAGAUGUGAUCACUCGGUAUUGGAGAAAUUAUCAAUCCCGCAAGCAGAGAGCGAACGACACACGAUAUCGGACCUUGGAAAAGGUCAAACGUCAGCAACGGAAAACUGCUGGACGUCGACUCUAA